AUAGUGUAAAUGGUCCUGCGUUUGCUCAUACUUUUUUGACCAUAUUUUUUAAUAAAAGUUUUUUAAAAAUUCCUACUUGCGAAGAAAUCUCUUAUGUCAAGCUUUUGAAAGAAGACCUGUCUAAUGGACGUUCAGCUACAUUAGAACUAUUAGAAGCACUUGCAUAG